GCUCCGGUGGCCAAUGCGACCGACACUUCCGCUCGCACAGUUAGCACGGCCGGCUGUGAGCGAGCUAGCUGCCGACGGGACUCAAGCGGAACAGAUGGCGUCCAGGAUUCAUAACAAAAUGUGUUGGGUCCAUCUCAGCAGCUGGGCUCUGCUGCUGCUCCAGCUCCUGGGCUCGGAGGCAGUGCCCAUCAGCAUGGACAAGACCAAAGUGAAAGAGCCAGAGACCAAACCUGAGGAGCCUCCAGCCAGUGUGGACACUGGACUUCACUAUGACCGCUACCUCAGGGAAGUCAUUGAUUUUCUCGAGAAAGAUCAGCACUUCAGAGAUAAGCUCCACAAUACAGACAUGGAAGACAUCAAGGCAGGAAAGCUUGCUAAAGAGCUGGACUUUGUCAGCCAUCAUGUCCGAACAAAACUGGAUGAACUGAAGAGGCAGGAGGUAAACCGACUGCGAACCCUGAUCAAGGCCAAACAGGACAUAGAAGGAGGGAAUGACAUCGCAGUGGAUCACCAGGCUCUGCUGAAACAGUUUGAGUACUUGAACCACAUGAACCCACAUACUUUUGAAGUGGAUGACUUAGAUCGACUCAUCAAAUCGGCAACCAACGAUCUGGAGAACUUCGACAAAGACAGACACGAGGAGUUCAAGCAGUAUGAAAUGAUGAAAGAGCACGACAGACGGGAACACCUGAAAACACUGGACGAGGAAGAAAGAGUGAGAGAGGAGGAGCACUAUGAGGAGAUGAAGAAGAAGCACGCAGACCACCCUAAAGUCAACCACCCGGGCAGCCAGAAUCAACUGAAGGAGGUGUGGGAGGACGCUGACGGCUUGGACCCCGAAGAUUUCGACCCAAAGACCUUUUUCAAACUGCAUGAUUCCAAUGGAGACGGCUUCUUUGACGAACAGGAGCUGGAAGCGUUGUUCACCAAAGAGUUGGAAAAAAUCUACGACCCCACCAACGAAGAAGACGACAUGCUGGAGAUGGAGGAAGAGAGGCUGCGUAUGAGGGAACAUGUUAUGAACGAGGUGGAUUCUGACAAAGACAGGCUGGUCUCUUUAGAGGAGUUCCUGGUUGCAACAAAGAAAAAGGAGUUCUUGGAGCCCGAUAGCUGGGAGACCCUGGAGCAGAACCAGGCGUACACAGACGAAGAGAUGAGGGAGUUUGAGGAUCAUCUUGCUCAGCAGGAACAGGACCUGAACCUGAAGGCCGUCGACCUCCGGAAACAGAGAGAAGAGCUGGAGCAACAACAGGAGCAGCUCAACGCACAGAAAAUAGAGCUGCAGCAGGCAGUAGAGCACAUGGAACGGUUGAAAUCACAGAAAGUAGAACCCCCUCAAGAGGUUCAUGUUGAAGGAAAUGCUCUUCCAGAGGUAAAUCCAGUGGACAAUCAGUUGCAUCCUGAACUGGAGGCUCAUCCACAAGAGCAUCAGCCUGCAGCUCAAGAUGCAGCUCAGGAACUCCACGCACAACAAAUUCAAGACCUGGCUCAGCACGGCCUCAUCCAGACUCGCCAGGAUCUGCCGCCAGGCCACCAGGAAGCUGCUCAAAGCCAACACAACCUCCCGUAACAGCUUUAUCAGAACUUGCAACACCAGACUUUUGCAGCACCUCCACUCUAGCGUGCAGAGGAGAAGACCCUCCCGAGUUUCACCAGUAUGACUUCGGAGUCUGGAGCGAACUCGAGAUGAAGGAAAGCAGCACAAGCGGAAUCCCUGUUGAAUGACACCAGUGUUUGAUAAUAACUGUAAUCGUUGGAUUCAUGAUGACCAACUGAGGACAUGCAUCUCAAAAUGUGCUCUCUUAGUUGUUUGAUGACGUUAGAAAUGAUCCAGAAUGUUUGGUAAUGCAAUCAAUCAAAAUAUAUAUUUUUGUUGAACUUAGUCGACGUGCUGUCGGCUGUUCAAACUACAGAACCUCAAAAUGCCACUGGCUCCACUACCUGAUGGUUUUGUUGCAGGAGCUUCUCAAAUGUCCUUAUUGUGACUCUUGUUUUCUGACUUGACUACAUAGAAACAUCCCUAAACCUUUUAGAUAGAGGUUAAUUUACACGUGUGGCUUGUGGUGAAAUGCUUCACUGGACUUUUUCAGCCAUUUUCUUUUUAUUUGAGUUUUAAGAUUUUCUAUCAUUGCAUUUGACCUGGAAGAAGAGGCACUAUUGAGAUUUUAAUGAGUUUACAGCAAUCUGAUUCCAUAACAGGAACAAUUUCAACUGAAAAAUAAAGGUUACAACAAACAGGCUAAGGAUGAUGUUAUAAUCUACAAGGCUCCAGUCAGGUCUUUGUCCAAAAGUAUGAAUCCAGUUCUCCCACAGUCCUUUCCACUGAGGAAAUCUUUUAAAAGACUUUUCCACUCCACUUUGUUGUUAAAUUAAAGUCUCAAGGUUGUCGAGAUAAGGAAAACAUUUUAAUCAUCCAACAAAUAACUAACAUUUUCCCCUAAAUCCUUAGCACUGCAGAUGAUUAAAUAAAGCAGUCGGUCACAGUUUGGUUCUACCAAUAAUUUGUGAAACAACCUUAUCAUACAGAAAGAACCGUUGAACCUCUGAAAAAUAAAAUUUGUUCUGUUCA